AUCUAGCGGGGGUUCGCUGGAGGAAACUCCCACUGUGGGCGUUCCUCCCCGGUCACUAUAUCCAGACAAUACCGUCACCGGGCGCCGCUUUUCCCACGUUUCUGUCUGGGGAACGAGCGUCACUUGGAGUUACUCCGCCGGGACUUUACGUUAGCUAGACCCGCUCGGACCGAGGAGUCCGGUUUCAUUCGGAGGUUUUUAAUCGGUGUCGUCGGUCGGCUGGAGGCUGCUGGAGGUUCUACCGUUUAAUGAGUUUUUUUACAGCCCAGGAAAGUCCUCAGAGAGCGGGUUGGAGUCCCGGAUCCAGCCGGACUAGCUAACCUUUGAUCCAUCCACGGUUCCUGGACACAGCAGCCAAGUGAGGACCCGCUCCUACAGAUCGUUGCCGUCUGGACGUCGCAGGUCACGAUGCGUCGCUGCCUCCUGCUGCUGCUUCCCUGCAUUCUGCUGCUGCUGCUGCAACUUCCUGCAGCUCAGAGUCGACCGACGACCGACGACGGAGAUGCAGGCGAUGCUCUGAAAUCCUCGGAGGAUGAAGAGGACGACAAAUCGUCCUCGGAGGAGAACAAACUGUCGAAUGAGCUGUCGACGAGCAACGAGAAGCUGCAGCCGCUGGCGCCUCAGUGGGUGUCGCCCGAGUGGAUGGAUAAGAAGCUGCACGCUGUCCCGGCCAGCAAGACGGUCAAGCUGAAGUGCCAGGCGACCGGAAACCCGCCUCCAACGCUGCGCUGGUACAAGAACGGGAAGGAGCUGAGGAAGGACCAGAGGAUCGGAGGGUUCAAGAUCAGGGACCACAUGUGGACUCUGAUAAUGGAGUCAGUGGUUCCGUCUGAUAAAGGAAACUACACCUGUGUGGUGGAGAACGAAUAUGGAAGCCUGAAACACACCUACCAGCUGGAUGUAGUCGAACGUUCUCCUCACCGGCCGAUCCUUCAGGCCGGACUGCCAGCCAACCAGACUGCAGUCGUCGGCAGCGACGUGUCGUUUGUUUGUCGAGUUUUCAGCGACCCACAACCUCACAUCCAGUGGCUGAAACACAUCACGGUGAACGGCAGCAGAGUGGGGCCAAACGGACAUCCAUACGUCCUGGUUCUGAAGACUGCAGGACUGAACACAACGGAUAAAGAAAUGGAGGUUCUGACUCUGAGGAACGUGAGUCUGGAUGAUGCAGGUGAAUACACCUGUCUGGCAGGGAACUCCAUCGGCCUGGCGUAUCACUCAGCGUGGCUCACGGUGGUCAACGAGCUGCCGCCGGCGCCGCUGCCCUCCCAGACCUACCUGGAGAUCUUCAUCUACUGCCUCGGCUUCUUCAUUGUCAUCAUCCUCACUGCCACCGCCGUGAUCUGCCGGCUCUGCUGCACCCCGAAGAAGAGCGACUUCAGCGGCCAGCUGGCCGUCCAGAAACUGGCCAAGACCAUCCCUCUGAGGAAACAGGUCUCAGUGGAGUCUUCGUCCUCGCUGCAGUCAGGAAAGUGUUUAAUGCGUCAGUCUCGACUCUCCAGCGCCGCCACCACCAUCCUGGCCGGAGUGUCGGAGUACGAGCUUCCCUACGAUCCGGUUUGGGAGCUUCCUCGGGAUCGGUUGACUCUGGGUAAACCUCUGGGCGAAGGAUGUUUCGGUCAGGUGGUUCUGGCCGAGGCUGUCGGGAUCGACAAAAACAAACCGACUCGUCUCACCAAGGUGGCCGUGAAGAUGCUCAAAGCCGACGCCACAGAGAAGGAUCUGUCCGACCUGAUCUCUGAAAUGGAGAUGAUGAAGAUGAUCGGCAAACACAAGAACAUCAUCAACCUGCUGGGCGCCUGCACGCAGGACGGUCCUCUGUACGUGGUGGUGGAAUACGCCUCUCAGGGGAACCUCCGGGAGUAUCUGCGAUCCCGCCGCCCGGCCGGGUUAGAGUACUGGAGUGGGUCGAGGCAGGCGUCGCUGGGCAGCGUGGAGGUCCGAGAGCUGGUGUCAGCCGCCUACCAGGUGGCCAGAGGGAUGUCCUACCUGGCCUCAAAGAAGUGUAUUCACAGAGACCUGGCAGCCAGAAACGUCCUCGUCACUGAUGACAAUGUGAUGAAAAUCGCAGACUUUGGUCUGGCCAGAGACAUCCACCACAUUGAUUACUACAAGAAGACGACAAACGGUCGGUUGCCGGUGAAGUGGAUGGCUCCUGAAGCGUUAUUCGAUCGCAUCUAUACGCACCAGAGCGACGUGUGGUCAUUCGGGGUCUUGCUGUGGGAGAUCUUCACCCUCGGAGGGUCUCCUUAUCCCGGCGUCCCGGUGGAGGAGCUGUUCAAGCUGCUGAAGGAAGGACAUCGGAUGGAAAAACCUUCAGCCUGCACUCAGGAGCUGUAUUUGAUGAUGAGGGAUUGUUGGAAUGCUGUCCCGUCAAGACGACCGACUUUCCAGCAGCUGGUGGAAGAUUUAGAUCGAACACUUUCCCUCAUGGCCAACCAGGAGUACCUGGAUCUGGCGGUCCCUCUGGUCCAGUACUCUCCGGUCCAGUACUCUCCGGUCCAGUACUCGUCAGUCGGCCCGUCGGCCCGGUCCUGUUCUUCCCCAUAGCCGUCGUAGGAUCUUUCUUCCUUCCUGUUUCCUGAGCGGCGCCGGGCGGUGGCGUCCGAUUGGAGGCCGAGGAGCUCAGAGGAGCUGCUUCUCUGCAGCCUGAUGUGAAGAACAUCUGGACUGAGCUGGACUGAGCUGGACUCCCGACCGAGGCCUCCGGAAACUCCAGUUCUCCUCUUAAAGGUGGAAAGACACUGACAGGAGAACAGCUGGAUCCUCAGCUCCAGAACCGAUGUAAAUACUGUAAAUAAAAACUGGAUCCAUAAAUAAAGAUCAGAACGUAGGAACCGUCCUGUCAGUGAUAAGAACCGCUGUAGAUGGACGUCCAUGUGUUCUUUGUGUGUUUUAUUUAUUGUCAUGUUGCCAAAGUUAACGUCGACGUUGCACUUAACCUCCAACCUGCUUCAUGAAUGUGUAAAGUAACGGAUUAACAGUAUUAAAAGGUUCUUUGGUUUUUAA